ACCGGCAUUACGAUUGACAGUUCAGUUUGUUUUUGUUUUGUUUACUUGUGAUUUUCCGUGUGAAAAAGUGUAAAAAUUUGUGGAAAAUUGUGAAUUUUCAGUGAAUUUUUUGGUGUUAUUUGUGAAAAUGGUGUCUGCUGAUUUAGAUUCACUAGCAGAUGUGGUAUUCCUCAUUGAGGGUACUGCAAUAAAUGGAGCUUAUAUCAAUGACAUCAAAUCCAACUACAUCAUCCCCACUUUGGAGUACUUUUCCCAGUCUUUCUCUUCCCAGUGGAUAGGAGAUGAUCGAGAGUACUGGACAGGCUUGGAUAGGAACAGUACUCUCUAUGGGAUUGUUGUCUACAAGACGGCCCAGAGCAUGCCGGGAGUCUGUUGUACAACUUAUGGCCCCUUUGCCAGCUCAAAGAAAGUCCUCAAUACCAUCGAGAAACUCGAGCUGACUGGUGGGAAGAGUGAAUCCUAUGCCAAUUUGGCUGAAGGAAUGGCCACAACUCUGGUCUGUUUCGAUGACCUGGAAGAGAGACGGGAUCAGGGAACACUGACGCAGAAGCACUGCAUCCUUAUCUGCAACAGUGUUCCCUAUUCCAUGCCCGUUCAAGAGUGCUAUAUGUAUGAGAACAAAACUGUUGACCAAUUGGCUUCAAUUUUCCAAGAGAAAGAAAUUAACUUUUCCAUCCUCUCCCCAAGAAAAAUUCCCGUCCUCUUUAAGCUCUUUGAAAAAUCUGGUGGUGACUUGUCCUCAUCGACAUCCAAAAACUACUGCAAAGAUCCCAGGCAUUUGGUCCUGCUCAAAGGCUAUUCCCUCAAAGAACGCCCGGCGAGUCCACCGGCGACUGCCACAAUUAAUUUACCAAGUCCUCUGGCAUCCAAUAUGAUUCCCAUGAGCAAUCAAAUGGAGGCUGCUGGGAAUCAAAUGCUGGCAGCUCCGAAUAUCACGCAGAGUGGACCAAUGCGAUCUAAUAUGAACAAUACAGCAAUGUUCCAGGACAAUAUGCAAAACCCCAUGGGAAAUCCCAAUAUUCCAAGGCCGGGUCUUAUGUAUCCAGGUCAGGGUCCAAAUCCCAAUCAGAUGAAUCCCCAAGUGUCCAUUGCACCUCCAAAUCAGCCCACUGGUGUCCCCAUGGGCUACAAUCCCAAUGUUCAGCAGCAGCAGCAAAUGAAUCCGCGUAUGCCGAAUACGCGGUGGAUGAUGCCACCGCAACAGCAAAGACCUUUCCUUGCCAAUCCCAAUCCCACCCAAAACCCCCAGCAGCAGCAAAUGCCGAAUCAGCAGCAACAACAGCAAUCGGCUCUCAUCACUCAGCUCAGUACUCCACCCCACAGCAUGGCAUCCCAGGGAGUAGGUCAGAUGGGCAAUAUGGCACAGCAGCAGGCCAUUCGUAUGCAGCAUCCGCAGCAGAUGCAACAGCAAAAUCAGGGGCCUCCGGUCAGUCAGCAAAUGCCACAAGCCAUUCCAACUUCAGCACAACAGCAUAUGCCAACAGCAAGUGGAGUUCCCACGACAGCUGCCGGUGGUGCUGUUGGGGGCCAGGCGGGUUCAAAUUCAAGAGAGAAAAUCUGGACGGGUAUCUUGGAGUGGAUUGAGAAGGCGAAAAGUGAUCAACCUAAAAUUGCACGACACGUCCCGUGCUACGUCACAACUAAUAUCAAAGAUGGUGAACCUGAAUUAAAGGCGGAUAGUUGGCCACAAAAGCUCAUUAUGCAACUCAUGCCCAAGCAACUUGUGGGGAAUAUUGGUGGUCAAUACCUAAAGGAUUCUAAAACGGUCAUCUUCCAUCCCAGUCAAUGUGAAGCUCUCGAUGCUCUGUCGAAAGUGAUGGCAACGGGAUUUGCGGGAUGUGUGCAUUUUACGGCAUCCCCACCGACAAAUUGUGAGAUAAAAGUGCUAAUUCUGCUGUACACGGUGGAGAAGAAGGCAUUUAUUGGCUUCAUACCAAACAAUCAAUUGGGAUUUGUCGAGAGACUACGUAAAGUGAUUCAACAGAAACAAGGCUUGGUGCGUCAUGGACAGAACCAACAGGCUGCUGGACAACAGGGUGGUGCUCCGGGUGGAAAUCCGGGCAAUGCAGGAAAUGCCGGUGCUGGUGGUCAAGGUCCAGGUGGUCCUAGUGGGGCUGGUCAAUCAAAUGUAAUGAAUCCCGCGGCCAGUAUGCCAACAUCGCAGCCCACAUCGCAGAUGAUGCCUCAAAUGGGUCAAACGUCUACGGCUCAAAUGGGUCAGCAGCAGGGAGUUAAUCAGGCAACAAGGAUGGGAAUGGUGAAUAUGCCAAAUGUGGGAAAUCCAAAUCAGAUGGGUGGAAUGCACAAUGUGAAUCCGGGUGGGCAGCAUAUGGACAACCGUCAGCAGAAUAUGGAAAAGAUGUCUCAUCUGAAGCAAUCCCUGGAGGCGCAGCAGCAGCAAUUUAAGAAUUUUGAAUUUGGCCAGAUGCCCAUUCAUCAGAUGCCCGACAAUAUGCAGAUGGCUAUGCUGCAGCAACAGCAGCAACAAAUGCGCGGAGUUGGGAAUUUAGGAAAUCCACAGCAGCAAAAUCCUCAGCGAAUGAUGCGUCCCGUAAUGGCCAGCAAUCCUGGUUUGCGUCAUUUACUACAGCAACAGCAGCAACAGCCACAGAAUCCACCGUAUCGUCAGGUGAUGGGUAUGCAAGGUGGCAAUCCGGGUGGACCACAAAUGGGAGUGCGACCACAGCAAGGUGGCAAUCCGCAGCCUCAGCAACCUUUUGAGGACUCCAAUUUUGAUUUUAUUUAAUUUUCUCAUUAGAAUUCCUCGCACAUUUCAUUUGCUAAUCCCUCGCGCUCUUUUGGCAUUAUUUAUAUCAAAGGUAAGGGUUCUACGUAUCUCUUUUCAAUCAGCAAACAAUGCGUGUUAAAUUUAAAUUGGUCACUCUCAUGGUGAAUGGGAAUGGUUGAUUUUUUUGUUGUUGUGAAUUUUGGUGCGUUUGUGCCGGAUAUUUUUACCUGGUGCGCUGAGUGAACAUUAAUGUAAUUGGCACGAUGGAAAUUUUCCAAAAAUAUAUAUAUAACAAUUUUCCUGUUGUACUUUUUGGGAAUAAUAAUAAAUCAGGACAAAAUUUGAGAAUGAAUAUCACAUAAAUUUCUGUACAACAUAAAAUAGAAUUAACAAAUUCAAUUUACUAAAUUUAAAUUAAUUAAUCCUGUACGUUUGAAGUAUCCGGUCAUAAUAUUCAAUUGAUUUCUCUUUAAAAUAAGUCAUAUAAUUAAUUAUGAAAUUUCUACAAUUAAAUUGAGAGUUGAAUUGAAUUUGUGUGAAGUAUUCGAAGAAAUUUAUUUAGAUUUUACAUGUUCUAUGCAAUAAUUUUGUCGAUUAUUUCCUGAUUUUCUCACAGAUUUAUGCAGCAAAAACUAAUUUUCCUAUUUGGAGCAUUUCAUUUAAAUAUUUAGACGCGAAUAAUUGAUUGUUUUUUAAUCAGAAGGUGAAAUUUAUUACAAUUGCACAGCAUUUGGUCAGGUGAUUUAUUUUCAUUGAUAAUAACCUGGGUAUGUGCGUAAUGUUUGCCAAAUAAUAGGAACAUCCCCUCGAAAAUGCCAUUAUAUUAAUGAUUGAUUUCAAAAAGUGUAUAGCAUGUUUUGGAAAUGCAUGCAAAGGCCAUUAUCGGAAAAUUUGUUGCUAUAAAUAACAAAUACUUCACCCAAAAUAUAAUAAUGAUAAUUUUAGCAAGAUGCAAAAGUAUGGAGCUACAAAAUAAGAUAAAAGAAUCAAUGGCAAAAUAAACAAUUGAUACAACAAAUUAUUAUUAAAUAUUAAUCCUUGAUCAAAAAAAAACACAACAUAUUUCGCUAUUUGCUACAUAAUUCAAUUGUAUUUAUAAUAUGACUCUGGUAAAAUUAAGCAAUUUGUGAAUACAGAAUAAAUUUCCAAAAUAAACAAA